UGCCUGUGUCCACACCUGGCCCCUGUGAUCUAGACCCCUCCUCUCCCAAGUGAGUCCCAGGGAAGCAUCUUCCUCGUGGGAUGGUAGUUUGUGGUGUUUGUUCAUAGAUUGACCCUGGUUGGUAUUAAAAUAACCUGGGCGCUUUUAAAACCAAACCCAUGCCUCUGGUCCCCGCCACCCUGGAUUCUGUUUUAAUUGGUCCAGGGAGAGGCCUGGGCAUCAGGAUCUUUUUCAAAGCUCCCUACAUGAUUCCAAUGUGCUGCUAUUUGAGAGCUGCUGGUUUAAUUGAUUAAGAUCUUUGAAAAGUCCUUGUCCUAAACCAGUGGCUCUGAACGCAGGGGACAUCUGGCAGUGUCUUGAAGACAUUUCUGGUUAUCACAACUGGUAGUGUUGGGGCGUGGGGGGUUGCUGCUGGCAGAAGCCAGGAAAGCUGUGACACUUGCAGGACAGCUCCUACCGCAGAGGACUAUCCAGCCAUAGUGCUCAGGUGAAAACCCUGUCCUAACCUAAAACAAACACGAAGGCUGGGAAAAACCAAGAUAGGUAAUUUGGGUUAUUUGCUCCAGCAGCUUAGGCCCAUUCAUUUAGAAAGAGCCAAGAAUGCCAAAGGCAGUUUUAAUUAUUUUAUUCUGCCUGUCUUUCCCUGGAAAUGGGCUGCUAUCACCGCUUGUGUUUUUCUCACUCUGUAGGCUCACGCAGACCUAUGUCACGAUCUUCAUUCCAGUGCUUCCUGCAACCUUUCUGUAUACGUUGCAAGUUAAAUACCUGCUCAACCAGGGAAUCGUCCUGCCCCAGGUCAUAACUGGAGUCGCUGCCAACGUUGUCAACGCCCUCGCCAACUAUCUGUUUCUCUAUCAACUGCACCUUGGGGUGAUGUCCCUCUGUGGGUGGUCCCUCGAGUGCCUGCAGGACUGGGCCUCCUUCCUGCACCUGGCCAUCCCUGGCAUGCUCAUGCUGUGCAUCGAGUGGUGGGCCUACGAGAUCGGAAGCUUCCUGAGCGGUACCCUCGGCAUGGUGGAGCUGGGAGCCCAGUCCGUCCUGUACGAACUCGCCCUCAUUGCGUACAUGGUCCCCACGGGCUUCAGCGUGGCUGCGGGUGUCCGCGUGGGAAACGCGCUGGGUGCGGGGAACAUCGAGCAGGCAAGGAAGUCCUCCGUGGUGGCCCUGCUGGUCACAGAGCUCUUUGCCGUGGCCAUUUGUGUCCUGCUGUUGAGCUGUAAGGACUUUGUGGGCUACAUUUUCACUACGGACUGAGACAUCAUCACUCUGGUGGCUCAGGUGGUUCCCAUCUAUGCUGUAUCCCACCUCUUCGAAAGUCUUGCUUGCACGAGCAGUGGCAUUCUGAGGGGAACUGGGAACCAGAAGGUUGGAGCCAUCGUUAAUGCCAUCGGGUAUUAUGUGGUCGGUCUCCCCAUCGGGAUCGCACUGAUGUUUGCUACCGAGCUCGGAGUGAUUGGUCUGUGGUCAGGGAUCGUCAUCUGUAUAAUCUCCCAAGCCGUGUGUUUUCUUGGCUUUAUUGCUCGGCUGAAUUGGACAAAAGCCUGUGAAAAGGCUCAAAUACAUGCCAAUUUGAAAGUAAAUAUGACCCAGAAUGGGAGUUCUGCUCUCUCUCAGGAUGCUCUUCGCACAGUGGGCCCCGAAAACCGUGGAGGCAUUUUAAUGAGAGAUGCUGGAGAAAAGGACAAGCCUCAGCUGGAGCAGCAGAUGCGCCAGGACGAGGCUUCGCAGGUCCACCUGGAGGGCAGCGCUCGGUUGUCCAGGAAGCAGUUGGUGCUGCGGCGAGGGCUCCUGCUUCUAGGGGUCGCUUUCAUCUUGCUCGUGGGGAUCUUACUGAUGAUCUUUCUCAUCAGCACCGUCAGUUCCAUGCUCUCUGGACAUCUGGGCAAAGUGGAGCUGGACGCUGUGACCCUUGCGGUCUCGGCAG